CCGCCCCCUGCGAGUCACGUCAUCAUCUAGUGACCCCGCUAGGACGUGCGAAGCGCGACGACGCAACGCUGGGCAGCACAGCUCCAGCUCCCCUUUCCCCCUUGCUGGGCGAGAGGUGUCUAUGGGGCACCCGCUGCCGCCGCCGGUACCGCCACCGCCUCCGCCGCCGCGUGCUGUCUCUAUGGCGAGGAGGAGGAGGAGGAGCGCGAGCUCACGGACACAAGUACACAAAUAAAGGGUAAAGUACUUUUAUGAAACAAACCUUCAAUCAAGUUUAACAUUUGAUGCUUGGCAUCUAGACUCCUUGUGCCCUCACUAUGCCAGCAGCAACUGUAGAUCAUAGCCAAAGAAUUUGUGAAGUUUGGGCUUGUAACCUGGAUGAAGAGAUGAAGAAAAUUCGUCAAGUUAUCCGAAAAUAUAAUUACGUUGCUAUGGACACCGAGUUUCCAGGUGUGGUUGCAAGGCCCAUUGGAGAAUUUAGAAGCAAUGCUGACUAUCAAUACCAACUAUUGCGGUGUAAUGUAGACUUGUUAAAGAUAAUUCAGCUAGGACUGACAUUUAUGAAUGAGCAAGGAGAAUACCCUCCAGGAACUUCAACUUGGCAGUUUAAUUUUAAAUUUAAUUUGACGGAAGACAUGUAUGCUCAAGACUCUAUAGAGCUACUGACAACAUCUGGUAUCCAGUUUAAGAAACACGAGGAAGAAGGAAUUGAGACCCAGUACUUUGCAGAACUUCUUAUGACUUCAGGAGUGGUCCUUUGUGAAGGGGUCAAAUGGCUGUCGUUUCAUAGUGGUUAUGACUUUGGCUAUUUAAUCAAAAUCCUGACCAACUCUAACUUGCCUGAAGAAGAACUUGACUUCUUUGAGAUCCUUCGAUUAUUUUUUCCUGUCAUUUACGAUGUGAAGUACCUCAUGAAGAGCUGCAAAAAUCUCAAGGGUGGAUUACAGGAAGUUGCUGAACAGUUGGAGCUGGAAAGGAUAGGACCCCAACAUCAAGCAGGAUCUGAUUCGUUGCUUACUGGAAUGGCCUUUUUCAAAAUGAGAGAAAUGUUCUUUGAAGAUCAUAUUGAUGAUGCCAAAUACUGUGGUCAUUUAUAUGGCCUUGGUUCUGGUUCAUCCUAUGUACAGAAUGGCACAGGGAAUGCAUAUGAAGAGGAAGCCAACAAGCAGUCAUGACAUGAAAUAGUCAUUUUAUUUUAUAUGAGUUACAUACAUGCUUGUAUAUAGGUUUUAUCUCUGGUUGAAUUCCUUAAAUGAUAGACAAUACCUUUUCUCUCCCCUUUUGUAGCCCAUUAUUUUCUGUCUUUUAGUACUAAGUAUGACCUUUCCUAUCUCUGAUCUUAAUAAAUAAAAGUACAUUCAGGUUAAAUCUGGCCUUAAUUUAAUAUACUUGUUCUCAAGCAUGUGUGACAAAGUUACAUCAUACUAAAUAAUUUGAUAAACUUUGCCCACUUGAGCUUGGUUUUGUUUUUCCCUUUUUUUAAAUUAACUAGCAUUGACUGUAAUUUAUUUCCCUGUCUCGUGUCUCUCCCUUCCAUUCUGCAGUACUUCUAGGUAUUUGAGCUUGUGGACCAUCAAUUUUGCACUUUAGAGUGAUUCUAAUCUAUUUUAUCAGAAACUGUGGUUUUUCUUGCUCUUAGCUGGAAAAAUGACCAUCUGCCAACUUUUUACAGUAUUUGCUUGUUUUUGACGUUCAGGAUACAGCACAUGCAUUGUAUAAACUGUUGAUUCAGCAAGACUAACAGAAAAAGACAAGGAACUACUGAAGAGCUUAGUAACUACUGCUUCUGUACGUAGUGUUUAAUCUUCCAAGCACAUCUAAUGUCUGUUGGUUUCUAAUUGACAUUUGUAGGCUGCUCUGUGACUGAAGACUUUUCAAACCAGCUUUACACCCUUCAGGAGAAAACCCCUGAUGUGAUUAUACAUUUACUGUCUGCCAGAGAAUUGGCAUGCAAAAUGUUGAAGCUACAGCUAUUUUAUGAUAAUGCACUUCCCUCGAUCUGGUUCUUUUACCCGCAUCACUGUUUACCUUAUUGUUUUAUAGCCAUACUUAUGAUGUGCUUGUUGGUUACACAAAUCAGCUUCUUUGAAGUCCAAAGAUAGUCUUUAGGUACAUUUUAUAUCAAAUUAAAAGACAAAAAUUGUGCUUUCAUAGUUGCUACAAAGAUAAAUAAUGGAGAGAUUUGGUGCAAAAUAACAAAAGGCAAAAUACACACACACACACACACACACACAGAUCUAAUAAAAUCACCUGAGGAGUGUAAUGUUUGUUUAUUUUUUUGUGUAUAUCUUUGCAAUCUAUUUUAUAUAUAUUGACAAAAGAGACUGUGAACUAUUUAGCCAUGCAGAAUAUGUGACCAGACCAGAGCAUGUGUUGGAAGAUGUUUUGGUAAUCAUUAACUGUUCCCUGAAGUGAUGGACUACAAAUUGUAAUGUGUUAUCUCCGCUUCAGUCAGUAAUACUAGAAAAUACCCAAAUGUUAGCAAUGUAGAUUGUUUCCCUUGUACAUUCUUUAUUGAUGAUAUUACAGUGCUGUACCUGGCAGUCCUUUUUAAACAAAACAUUAUUUGCAAAACAGAGGGUAUUAUUUGUUUUUAAGGCUUUUGUAAAUAAAGGCUUCAGAAGUGUUUUCGUA